AUACAAUUCUUAGAUGAAAAGUGCAGAGAGCCAGUCUGUCCAGUCAGAAUCCCAUGCAUAUUCGGAAACAAGAUGGACGAAAGUGGCUGCCCUACGUGCGAGUGCGCGCUUAAUCCGGUUGUACCCUGUAAUGUAACAUGCACCAAGCCGAGGUGCAGCUUUGGCUACCAGAGUGAUGACAAUUUUUGCCCCCUGCCGACCUGCCAAUGCAACUCUUACCCCAUUUGUCCUGAGCCUAUGUGUGAAAUGUCACCUGAUGCAGACGAAACGUGCCAAUAUGGCUUAAUAAUAAACAGUGAAGGGUGCCAUGGCUGCGAUUGCUACGACGAACCUCAAAAGUGCGGGCAGCCAUUCUGUGAAGAAUGUCCCAUGGGCAACAUUUACGACAGCAACGGUUGCAAUACAUGCAAGUGCUCCGACCCGUGCUACGUUAAAUGCAACAUCACCAGCUGCCCUGGACUCGAUUGCUCCUAUGACUAUCAAAGAGAUGACAAUGGUUGCAUCACUUGCCAGUGUAAUCCUCUGCCCGAACUCAAGUGUACUGAAUGUUCAGUAGGAAACCUUAUUGGAGACGAUGGCUGCAAGACCUGUCGCUGCUCCGCCGACCCGUGCACUGUUAGU